GCUGUUUACACCAUCCCUCCUUCUUGUGCGGUCUUACCUUUGUAACAUGAUCCGUUUUAUUUUACCGUUGGUAUAGAUUAUUAUAGAUUUAGCGGGUAGACUCUCCUUAUCUUCUCUCCUGAUUUUAUACCAGAACUGUCCACUUCUCCCGGUCUGCUUUACGACAUAUCCUUCAUUGACCUCGCCAUGGACGAGAAAGCCCCCUUACUUCGACCACUAGUGCGGAGGGAGUCGGGAAAGCUCCGCUUCGAGAUCCCCCUCGCCCUGCUGGCGAUUGCGUGCUUGGUCACGUUUGGAGUUGUAGUGCACAAGUCACCAAAUCCUAGACAAGACGUUUACAGUAUCGAUAUAGACAUACAGUUGCGGGAUUUCUCAUGGGGAGAUAUAACACCCAGCAAGACCCUCGAAUGGCAUAGCUGCUUCGACGGCGACUAUGACUGCGCAAGGCUGGAGGUACCGAUGGACUGGCUCGAGCCUGAGGCCGGCCAGAAUGUCAUCUUGGCCAUCGCUCGCCUGCGAGCAACAGAGACACAAGACUACAAGGGUCCCGUCUUCUUCAACCCGGGAGGCCCAGGGGGCUCAGGCAUCUGGGCGCUGAAAGAUCACGGGUCGUAUCUGCAAGCCAUCGUCGGCCGCAACUUCGACAUCGUGACGUUCGACCCGCGUGGCAUCGGCGCCUCGGUGCCCAGGAUCGAAUGCUGGGGCUCGGCGCAGAAGCGGCAGAACUGGGCGAUGCAGGAGAUACCGGUCAUCGACUCGCACGAGGGCGUCAUGUACGACGUGUGGGCCCGCGCCGCGGCGUUCUCGCAGGCGUGUGAGCGGUCUCACAACGCAACCGGCCUCCUGCGGCACGUCGGCACGGCCUCGCACGCGCGCGACAUGCUCGAGAUCCUCGAGCAGAUGGGCGAGGAGAAGCUGCAGUACUGGGGCUUCAGCUACGGCACCGUCCUCGGCGGGACGUUCGCCGCCAUGUACCCGGACAGGGUCGGCCGGCUCGUCAGCGACGGCAACGUCGACUACGAGGAGUGGUACAACAGCCGGCACAUCAACUCUGUCCGUGACGCCGACAGUGUCAUGGCCGCUUUCUACCAGCUGUGCCACAAGGCUGGCCCUCUCAAGUGUGCAUUCCACGGGCCGUCGCCGGACGAGAUCGAGGAACGCCACCAGGCCAUCUUGGACCGUCUCCGUGUCCAGCCCAUCAUCUUCAUGCCAGAGGCCAGCUCGGGGUCCGAGCUGCCGGAGAUAAUCACCUACUCCAAGAUCCGCCAGCUGGCGGCGACCUCCCUCUACCGCCCCAACUACUACUUCACCCACCUGGCCAGGAUCCUCGCGGGUCUCGAGCAGGGCGACGGCAAGGCCUACUACGACUUCGUCACCCGCUACGGCCCGCCCUUCUCCGACGUGUGCUCGGCGCAGCAGAUCCCGCCUGAGGAGCCCCUGCCCAGCGCCGGCGAGGGCAGCGACGACGCCUUCCCCAUCAUCCUCUGCGCGGACGGGAAGCCCCUGCCCGACAGCCCCGUCGGCUUUGAGGGGUACGUCGCGGACAUGGAGCGCGUGAGCCGGACGUCGGGCGCCAUCGUGGCCAAGGACCGCAUCGCGUGCGCGGGGAGGCAGGUCAGGCCGAGGUGGAGCUUCAAGGGCCCCUUCGAGGCGCGGGCGGGAUUCCCUAUCCUGUACGUCGCCAACGUGGCUGACAAUAUCACGCCGCUGGCCAGCGCGCGGAACAACUCGGUCGGUUUCGAGGACUCGGUCGUGCUCGUGCAGAAGUCGUACGGUCAUACGAGCUUAGCUGCCCCGUCAGUGUGCACGGCCAAGGCUAUAAGGGAUUACUUCCAGGCCGGCGCGCUUCCUCGCGACGGCGCUACUUGCGAGCCGGAGGCGCUGCCGUUUGGCCUGCCUGGCCGCACCAUCAAGGGCGCUAGUGAGGAGGACAUGGCGCUCGCCGAGGCAUCGCGGCAGCUGUCUGAGACCGCCAACUUCGGCUUGGAAGCUGGCGUGCGAAGGCUGUAGGGAGAAGUAUGCGAAGUUACAAGACCUGUCGAUGAAUUAUGCUGCGAGGGGUUUUGCCUUUCAUCUUCUAGGUUUGGUUGGAGCGGGGCAAAGGCUUCAAGAAUAGGCCAAGGACAACUUACUGGGCAUUAUGUGCUGCACCAAUGACUGACGAAUUAUGGAUCAAAUGAGGUAUCUUGAAUAGUGGGCGUCUCUCGGGUAUGUUGGGCCUGAGGAGAUUGGUGGGUAGACUAGGGAUAUGG